AGAGUAACAAAGAUGGUAUCUUUGUUGGUUAAAAUAUUUGAAAAAAAACAUAGUUUGUCUUGGCAUCAUGUUUGUGUAUUCGUUUUAACAUAUUUUUCGUAUGCAAUUUUUCAAGGAAACAGAAGAGCGUUCGACGAUUGUAAAAACACAUUAAACAAUACAUUCGUUUUUCAAAGCUCUAUAAAAUCGUCUGAAACUAAUGAGAACCCAAUAUUAUUUUUUAAAAAGCUUGAUAUUUAUUUUGCGUUUGCCUACUCAACAGGAUUAUUUAUUAGUGGCAUAUUGGGAGAUAGACUAAAUUUGCGCUUUAUGUUAACUUUUGGUAUGUGUGGUUCCGCUAUUAUUACGUUAACAAUUGGGUAUUUAGAAAACAUAACAAAAACUCCGAAUGAAAAUUAUUACUACGUGCUAUAUUCUAUAAAUGGCUUAUUUCAAUCAAUAGGUUGGCCAGUUUCAGUUGCAAUAAUGGGAAACUGGUUUCCUUCAGGAGACAUUUUGUACGGGAUAUGGGGUGGUAAUGGAUACCUUGGGUAUAUAUUUUGCUCUUAUAUUGUUAGAUACUCAUUGAAUUAUGAUUAUACAAAAGGAAUGUUGUUGAAUGGUUCUUUAUUGUUUUGUUGUGGCGUGAUUAAUUUAUUUUGUUUAAUUACUCAUCCAAACCAAGUUGGUAUUAUAGAAAAUAACUUAUCAAAUGUACGAAACAACAAAAAUGACGUGCUUAUCAAAAAAGCAGUUGGAUUUGGGGAAGCAGUUUUGCUACCUGGAGUUCUAACUUAUGCAGUUUCUUAUUCUUUUAUAUUAAUGAUUAACGACAUAUUUUUCUUUUCACUGUCAACUUAUUUAUCUAUUGAUCCCAGGUGGGAUGAUAUAAAAUCUAAUAGUUUGGAAUCUUACUUCGACUACGGUUCAAUAAUUGGAGGCAUUGUUGCUGGAACCUUAUCAAAAAUGAUAGGAAUGCGAUCACCGGUGAUUUUUACAAUGUUUUUGUUUUCCAUCGCUACAAUAUACUUAAAUUUCAAACUUGAUAACGGUCGUACCAAUGCUAUAAUCAUUUUUUUUAAUGGAUUUUUAGUCGGUGGACCUGAUGUUAUCAUUAGCACUGCAAUCUCAGUUGAUCUCAGUAAGCAUGAUCAGAUAAAAAACAAAGCUCAAGCUUUGGCUACUAUUACAGGCAUUAUUGAUGGCACUGGACAUUUUGCAUCAGCAGUUGCUCAAUGUUUGAUAUUGACAAUAAAAAAGAAAUUUAAUUGGAAUGGAGUUUUUUUUUUUUUGAUGUUUGUUUCUAUAGCCAGUUGCUUCUGGAGUUUCUUUAUUUUAUACAAAGACAUUUUAAAUAGGAAAAAUAAAAAAUAUAUUAAGUUAUAAAUAUUUAAUCUAAAAAUCCUUUUUGCUAAACAAUAUUU